CAACCAGGUCAUUGAUUAAGUUAACCAAUUUAUUUUUUUCUUCUUCGAGUUCUAGAGAGAGAGAAAAAUCCAUAGAGAGAGAGAAUCAAAGAGAAGGAAGGAAGGAGACCACGGACGCGUCUGCCCGUCAUCAUCUUUGACCAUCUCCUUCCUUCCUUUCACAUUCUUCUCUUCAUCUCUCUCUCUCUCUAAACCCUCCCUUAAUUCAUUCCUUUUGUAUUCAUUUAUUUCACCUAAUUCAUAGAUCUUGAUCAUUUCUUCAAAAUUUCUUCAUCUCUAAACAAUGGGAAAUUGUUGUACAAAUCCAAUUACUAAACUAAGACGAAAGGAAAAGCCUAAAAAAGACCACGGGCCAACAACAAAGAACAAAACCAACAAAAUCAAAAACACCUUGGUGGUGUUGAAAAAGCCCACGGGCCGAGAGAUAUUACAACAAUACGAAUUAGGGAGAGAAUUAGGGAGAGGAGAAUUUGGAAUAACGUAUUUAUGUAAAGAUAGAGAAACGGGAGAGGAAUUAGCUUGUAAAUCGAUUUCAAAGGAUAAGCUAAGAACAGCGAUUGAUAUUGAAGAUGUUAGAAGAGAGGUUGAAAUUAUGAGGCAUUUACCUAAACAUCCUAAUAUUGUUACGUUGAAGGAUACUUAUGAAGAUGAUGAUAAUGUUCAUCUUGUUAUGGAGCUUUGUGAAGGUGGUGAGCUUUUUGAUCGGAUUGUUGCUAAGGGACAUUAUACCGAACGCGCCGCCGCGACGGUGGUUAAGACCAUCGUUCAAGUUGUUCAGAUGUGCCACGAACAUGGUGUGAUGCAUCGGGAUCUCAAACCCGAGAACUUUUUGUUUGCAAACAAGAAGGAAACAUCACCUUUGAAAGCUAUUGACUUUGGUUUGUCAAUUACCUUUAAACCAGGUGAUAAAUUUAACGAGAUAGUUGGGAGUCCAUAUUACAUGGCCCCUGAAGUAUUGAAGAGAAAUUAUGGCCCUGAAAUAGAUAUCUGGAGUGCCGGAGUAAUUCUUUACAUCUUACUUUGUGGUAUCCCUCCUUUUUGGGCAGAAACUGAGCAGGGAAUUGCUCAAGCAAUUAUACGAUCCGUUAUUGACUUUAAAAAGGAGCCAUGGCCAAAGGUUUCUGAUAAUGCAAAAGACCUUAUUAAGAAGAUGCUUGAUCCUGACCCAAAGCGCCGGCUUACUGCACAGGAAGUGUUAGAUCAUCCAUGGUUGCAGAAUGCAAAGACAGCUCCUAAUGUUUCAUUGGGAGAAACAGUCAGAGCAAGGCUCAUGCAAUUUUCUGUAAUGAACAAACUUAAGAAAACAGCAUUGAGGAUUAUUGCAGACCAUUUGUCUGUAGAAGAAGUUGCUGGAAUAAAAGAGGGAUUCCAGGUGAUGGAUACAGAAAAUAAAGGCAAAAUCAACCUUGAUGAACUACGAGUAGGGCUGCUUAAGCUUGGCCACCAAAUUCCUGAGGGAGAUGUUCAAAUACUGAUGGAAGCUGGUGAUGUCGACAAAGAUGGUUUCCUAGAUUAUGGAGAGUUUGUAGCCAUUUCUAUUCAUCUGAGAAAGAUAUCCCAUGAUGAACACCUCCAAAGAGCAUUCCAAUUUUUUGAUAAAAACGAAUCUGGGUUUAUUGAACUUGAGGAGUUACGUAAUGCCUUAGCUGAUGAGGUUGACACGAACAGUGAAGAAGUCAUUAAUGCAAUUAUGCAUGAUGUGGACACAGAUAAGGAUGGAAAAAUAAGUUAUGAGGAAUUUGCUACGAUGAUGAAGGCUGGCACAGAUUGGAGAAAAGCAUCAAGGCAGUAUUCGAGAGAGAGGUUUACCAGUCUCAGUAUUAAACUGAUGAAGGAGGGAUCAUUAGAAUUGAACAAUGAGGGUAGAUGACUUAAGAAAAAGCCUAAUUUUACUCCAUGAAAGGCAAAUAUGAUAAAGAAGUCAUCAUCAUUUUUCUUUUUCCUUCAUUUUAAUUCUUUUCUUCUAAUUUUUCUUAUAUGCAUUGGAGACCCCCUCCCCCGUUGUUUGGUGUGAAAUAGGAUUACAGGUCUGAGUGCAUGUUUUGGUUGUUACUGUUGGAAGCUCCAAACUCAGUCUGUUUGUACAUAAGCCACGAUACACAUCCUUUUGGUGUUAGUGAUGUCUAUUGUUAUUUGCAUUUUUCCCCUUUUGGUUUGUUGAGGGUGUCGUUGGAGAAAAGGCGGGGAUGGAAGGAUUGGAAUUCUCAUCAAAUUGUGCUGAUGUAUAUAUUUGAAAUAUUCACAGCUAUAAUGACUAAUCACUUGGCACUUUUUGGCCGAAUCUUUA